UGUUGGCAGGCGAAACUAUUUUUGGCAAAUGGCGAAAGACGAUACCAGGCGAAACUCUGGCAAAACGGCGAAACUCUGGCGAAACCUCUGGUAACAUUGAAACCCCUGGAGAAAGUCAAAAUUCAGUGAAGAUCAAGCCCUCUAAGACUUUGAAAAAGACUGAGCCAU